UCCUCCUCCUCCUCCUGCUGCUGCUGCUCUUCUUCUUCUUUCUCUCUCUCUCUCUGUGUUGUUGAGGUAGUGUGUGGUGGUACUGCUGCUGAGUGCGUGCACCGACAGUCGCAUCUGCCUCCAGUCCAGAGGUCCCGGACAGACGCGUGAUGGUGCGGACUCAUUGAUAAUAAAAAAAAAAGAAGAAGAAAGAAAGAAACAACAACAAUAAUAAUAAGAAUAAUAAUAAAAACCAACCAAAACGUGCUGCCGGAAUUAAAAUGAGCUCUCUUGCUGAGCGGCUCUCCUCCUACACAUAGCGCUGCCUUUUUCUGCACUAGAUCUGUUUUAUGUGACUCCAGCAGGCGACGCAGGAUGACUACUACCUUAUCGCUGGUGAUUUGGUGCGCUUUGGUGGCGUUAGUGUUGGCGUCUAAGACGGAGCGGUCGGUGGAGGAACCCUGUGACUCCGGCCAGUACACCCAAGGUGGAGAAUGCUGCCAGGAAUGUCCACCUGGAGAGGGUGUGGUGAAGAAAUGCGGCGCCACGCAAACGGUGUGCGCCCAAUGUUUGGACAGUGAGACCUUCUCGGAGAACUACAGUCACACAGAGCAGUGCAGGCCCUGCACCGAGUGCACCGGCCUGAUGCGGAUGAAGACGCCCUGCACCGACUCCAACGAUGCCAUCUGCAUCUGCAACUACAACUUUUUCUUCAAUACGAUGUCAGGCCAAUGCGAACCGUGUACAGUGUGCCCGGCAGGCCAGGGGGUGUAUGCGCACUGCGAACACGAUCACGACACGGUGUGUGAGGAGUGUAUGGACGAUACUUACUCUGACCGGGAAAGCUACCUCGACCCCUGCCUGCCCUGCACCAUCUGUGAUGAGGAAACUGAGAAGCAGCUGGCUGUGUGCACACCAACCAGUGACUCUGUCUGUCAUAAUCCUCUCCUCCCAACAUAUUUCGCCCCCACCUCAGAUAUAGGUCUGUCUCCUCCCUCCUUCACGAAUUACUUCUCCCCCGAGGGCUCCGACAGCCCGUUACCAGGAGGAGAGACGACCACGUCCAGUGCUGGCUCUCCUCGCUUCCUUGGCCAUGGGCUCAACGAAAACCUCAUCCCCAUCUACUGCUCCAUCCUGGCUGCUGUGGUGGUGGGCCUGGUGGCAUACAUCGUUUUUAAGAGGUGGAAUAGCUGCAAACAGAACAAGCAGGCAGCUAAUAACCGUGCGGCUACAAACAACCAGAUGGUGACGCCGGAGGGAGAGAAGCUGCACAGCGACAGCGGCAUCUCGGUGGACAGCCAGAGUCUGCAGGAGCAGCAGCAUCAGCAGCAUCAGCAGCAGCAUCAGCAGCAGCAGCAGCAGCAGCAGCAGGCCCAGGCUGAAGUCCAGGCUCAGCCCUCACACUCACACACACAAGAACAGAUAGUGGUGAGGGUGGAUGGUGGACCCCAGCCUGACACGCCUCCCCCUGAAGUCUGAGGAAGAGGAGGAAGAAGGAGACGUCAGAGCUGAACACAGGGAGAGGAGAGUGGGGACUUGAACCGUGGACCAAAAAAAAAAAAAAAGCAGGGGAGGGCCACAUGGGAAUGUAAAAGUGACUCACAUGUGAAGUGGCCACAGAGCAAAGACUUGACUUGUACGGACCUCCCAGCACCUUUGGGCCACAGUUUAACUCUUCAUCCCUGCAUAUAGAGUCCAACUCUAUCUAUCAGUGUGCCUGGACACAACAUCUACGGCAAUAUCAACCACUAUCUGUACCAAUGUCACUGCAGAUACAUAAUCAUAGAUAUAUGCCAGUGCAUCUCGUAUUAACAGACUAUCGCAGUAUCUAUAUUGACAUAAUUCUCACUAACUGCCAACUUAGUAUCCUCUACCCCUUUCAAAGCUUUCCCUCUGAUUCAUUAGCCAUGAAACGUAUGUGCCUGAAAGGUAAAUAGGCAGAGAGGUUAUCCAUUAUCUCCUCUUUCAAAAGAAACCUUUCUCCUCUCACAUCUUCCUCUGUAGCAUCCCACUCUCGGAUAAUCCUCAGUCUCUCUCUGUAGGAUUCACUCUAUUAGACCCCCGCCAUCGUCAGCGAUACAAAAAGCAGCGGGGGAGCCGUGAGUCACUCCCAACUUCAUCUGAAGUUUCAUGUUUUUUUAUCGUUUCCCCACAGACGCAUUUCACGGCAUGUUGUCUUGUAAAAUGUUUGCGUCACAGUUUUAGAUCGCCUGCACCGACUGAUGCAAGUGAGUCAUAUUUGGGAAGAAAGGUCAAUCGCUGUGUAGCCCGCUUGGUAAUCAAAGUUUUUCUUCCCGCACUCCGCAGUCUCUAUCUCCUCGCUUACAUAGACCUCUUCACGGCACCUCCAGGGAUUAUGUUUCAGUAAUUUCAUGCUUAGAAUGUAACAUACCCCAAAUGUUUGUCUCCUGUUUGUGGUGCAUUACUUUCAUUUUGUGGCUUGAGUUACAUGGCUGAUUCAGCAGGGUUCCUCCACAGUCCUCUAUGGAGCCUGGAUGUGCAACAUGAGAGAAACAUCUCUGCACUGUGGAGCUCUGCUGACUCACUGCAUAGAAUUGAUGGAAGGGAAGGGAAGUCGCUGUGACGCCAUCAGUGACCGAGUAUAGCGAGUUGCUCAUUAAACACAUGCUUAAAUGAAUUUUGGUACUGGAAAAAAAAAAAACAUGCGUGAAAAAGGAAUCCCAUCUGUCAUUCUUUACACUUACUGAGUGGAAAAUUGGGACACCCCUUAGAAGCAAAUUGUUUCCACUAUCCUCAGCUCACUUGACACCACCACCCGCCACAUACUCACUCUUACAGUCUUGCAUACGGCUCUGUGUCUGUGAUAAACAGGACUGAGGCUCUAAUGCACUGGCGGCGGCGCUCAGUUCAACAUGGGGCCCAUUAGAGAGACGUCCUGACAGGCAGGUAGUAAUUACCUCAGGGUUUCAGCUUCAUUUACCCUCUGCUCCACUCAGCUUAGCCACUUCUGAUCGGGAAUAAUGCUGAGGACGACAGAGGGGCGACACGGCUCUCUUUGAAGCCUUAACGUGACAUUACAGACCCCUUAUCCAAGUCCGAGGCCACUGACAUUUGCUAUAUCACCAUGGUGAUAUAAAAGCACUUAGCAGCGAGGCUGGGUGGCACCUUUUAUCACACAGGACCACUUUUAUGUUGGCCCCCUGCUGCUCGCAGAAAGCGUAAAAACAGUCGAGAUAGAUAUCUUGUAAAAGAAGCUGAGCUUGACUGCACUGCUUUAGUAUUCAUUCCUACAGGGGCACGUAUUUUCUCAGGGUCCCUCUUGUGGUAUGAUGAAAAAAAUGAUCACGAGAUCUGUAGAAGAUUUCUGUAAAAAAAAAAAAAAGUCUUUAGAUGUAUGCUAGAGUAGGUAGGUAGACAGGUACAGAUGUAGAGCAGCUGUUGAUGUUGAAAAAAAAAAAAAACGUAGAACGAUACGGGUUGAUAUGCAUCUUCCAUUAUGAUUCAGACAUUAAUGGAUUUAAAGAAAUAUGCUUAUCUCUUUCUUGUCUAGACUUAGGUGAGAAGAUCGAUACCACUUUAAUGUCCGUACAGUUGAUAUAGAGCUAAUACCAGCAGCUGGUUUGGUUAUCUCAGCUUAGCGUAAAGAUUGUGCUCUGUCCAAAAGUAACAAAAUCUGCCCACCAGCAACUUGAAAGCUCGCUAAAUAAAUCAUACAUCUCAUUUGUUUAAUACAGAAAUGUAUGCGUAAAACAAAACAAGACGUUGGGGCUUGUACAGGUUGGACAAGUGGUACAAAUCUUCUCAUGUAACUUUUGCAAAGAAAGCAAAGACAACCCAUUACUUAAAAGGAGAAGUAAGAUGUGUUUACUUGUCAGCAGACUUUGUAGAGUGUAGUGAGCAAUAGAUAGAUAAGAAAUGUCAGGCAGACAUAGUGAGUUAUUAUAUCCUGUGUGAUGCUGCAUGGAUCGGUCACAUGGUCACCAACAUCUCAAGACAAUUAAACUUUCUGCUCUCUUCACUUGUUAAUCAUCCGGUUACACGGCAGCAUUAUGAAUGGAAACAAAUACAAUGCUGCUGUAAUUUCUUGCUCACUGCUCCUUGGUUGAUACGCAGACAGACACACACACACACAUAGACAGACAGUGUAUGAUUCAUUCUUCUAUUGAGAGAGCCGGCAUGAUUCAUCCUGAUCCUAGCUGUGGCAGUGACAUUAAAGGAGUCACUGCUACAGUAUGAGUGACCAGAGUGUUGAUUUAAAGGGGAAAAAAAGUCGAAACAUACUCCUUGAUUCUGUCUCCCCCUGAGGUCCAAUCAGCCCUCCAGCAGUGCGCUCAUCUACCCUGAACUGACUUCUUCUCUUUCUCUAGCAGCUUGUGAAGUGAUACACACAAUGUAAGAAUGUACAACCCGAAUAUAAACAGAAAUAUGCAAGACACAUUCAAGGAUAAGGUUUUAAAUUUGCCCUCAUUCUGUUGUUGUAAAUUGUUUUUGUCUUUGUCUAUUUUCCUGUUGGUUUAUAUCAUGAAUAGUAUCACACUUUUGGAAUCAGUAUUUUUUCUAACUGAUAUGUUAUUUUGUAGCACUUAUUAGAUGUAAUAUGAAUGCACUCAAAGAGUGUACCGCAGUUCAAGUGCCUGUGUACAGUGUCAGGUGUCUUUAAGUUCAGAAUUUGACUAUAUAUUUUUUUUUUUUGCAGUUUUUCCACUUAUUUUAUGAUUUUAUGUGCUUUUUUAAAAAUAUUUUGAGAGCUAAUGGAGGUUUUUAGCAAAUAGAAGUCAGAGUUAUAGAUGAACCUUGGAGACUCAAGCAAACUGUAUAAACCUGGCACCAAUAUAGAGAGACUUACAGUACAAAUAGGUUGCCAGUGAACACAUACUGUAUGUUAACAUGCUAUAAAUACUGGCAACUAAUAGGGUCAUGUAGCAUUACAAAAAUAUUUACGUGUCACCCAAGACUUCUACUCUAAAACUCACAUAUGCUAUUAGUCAAUAGAAAUCAGCUCUACUGUGCAGAGGUUUUGCAUGUACAGUAAGUUUCAUUGUGUACCUCCAUUUCAGAGGCGACAGGACAUGUAACAUGUGCCGUAACAUGAAGUCUAUGGGGGGGAUGGUUCACUGUUCUCUGUGAUAUUAUUACAAACUUGAUACAGAUAGAUCAGGACCCACUCCCAAAAAAGCUGAAUGUCACCUGUACUUACCUACUAAUGUAAAAUGCAUUGUGUAAAUGUGAAUUUCUUAGAGUUGAUACAAGAUACAAAAAUACACCUUAAAAUGUAAAAAAAAAGAAAAGAAAAAAAAAGAACAACAAACAAAAGUGUGUGCAAAUGAAAUGAGCAUCUAUAAUAGAAUAAACAGAGAUGUCAUUGCA